GGCCUUCCGCCCAGUUUUCCGCCGGCUAAUGCACCUCAUUUGCUCGCCCUGCUAUUGGCUUGUUUUAACCACGUGACACAUAGGUGAAAACAAAUGCGCUUAUUUAAAUAUGUUUGCCCCAUAUCUCUGAGCUCUUCUUUCACGCCUUCGUCUCUCAGUCAUAGUGCUUUCCCUGCCCUGUCUCUCCUUUUCCAAUGAACAGCAUUGUAGAAACGAUAACUAAAGAAAUAAUAAGUCCCUUGCUCAGACUCACUCAGUGCUGUGAUCUUGAUUGCAUAAUAGUUUCCCGUUAGCUUUAUUUUGAGCAUUUCCACCGAUCAAAUCAUUCAGCAACAAUCGCCAUGCAUUUCAAAGCGCUGAUGAUGGUCGUGCAAAGCUUGGACGGCGACUCUAAAGAAAAGAAGCGGGCGAAAGCUUUGAGUCGUCCUUACGCAAGAGUUCCAACUUAUCAGGAAUGCGAAGUUGACGUGGAGAUGACAGAUCAAAGCUACCAUCAGAAGACAGAAAUUGAAAAUGUCUCAGAUGAAACAAAGUCAGAAACAGAGCCGUACUUCCAAUUUUGGCUGAUUUUUCGCCUUGGUCUUCUAAGUGGCAUGUUCUUUGUGUUAUUUGCUGUGUUGAUUAUAGCAGCCAUUAAAGCUGACAAAGACAUCCAGUGGGAGCCUGCAUUCCGCAUGUACAGAGGACUGUUUCUGUUUAUACUGGAACUGUUUCUGUUUGGAAUCAAUCUGUAUGGCUGGACAUAUGUGGGGAUUAACCAUGCCCAUAUUUGUGAUUUAAAGAAACAUCUCUGCCCUCUACGAGUGUUAGAGAUGGCCACAUUCUUUUUUGUCAUGUGGGGUGCAAGUGCUGUGGUCUUCCUUUUCUCAGACCAGUUUGGAAUUUCCAGCUACACCCAUCCAUUAGCGUUGUCGUGUUUCUUCUUGAUAUUUGCUAUAAAUACACUGAAUGUUUGGUUCAGACAUGCGAGGUUCUGGCUUCUCAAGGCCUUGUGGAGAGUGUUGACUGCGCCAUUCCACCAUGUAGCAUUUGCAGACUUCUGGCUUGCAGAUCAGUUGAACAGCCUGGUUGUAGCUAUACUUGACAUGGAGUAUCUGUCUUGUUUUUACGCACUUGAUUUUUACUCUGUUCAAGAUCGUAAUAAAUGUGGUACCAAACUUUACGGACUAAGACCGCUGAUUGCUUGCCUUCCUGCCUGGUGGCGCUUUGCACAGAGUCUGCGCAGAUAUAAUGAUACCAAACAGAAAUUUCCACAUGUCGCCAAUGCUGGGAAAUAUGCCACCACGUUCUUUGUUGUCUUCUUUUCUACAGUGGCGACAACUAACAAAGGUAUCACCAAAAAAUGCAGCUUUGUAUGUAAAAGGGACAGCUUUUAAGUGGUCUCAUUAAUCACAAAACUAUUAGAUUCCACCUGAAAAGAUUCCUUGUGGUGACAUACCUCCUCAUAGAUUUGUGUAUUGUUCUGAUUGGUCGAAGUGUGGCUUUGAAAUGUCCCACCCACCUGUCUACCAAUCAGAAUUGCACAGAUCAUUCUCUGUACAGCUAUACCAUCAGUGGAUGACUCUUUUGAGCGAAGCAUGCAAAGGGGUUGAUCACGGUCAAAUGACAAAUUUAAAAUAAAGAAAUGUGCGUUAAAGCCAAGGUUAUCUUUUAAGCUGUUCAGUUCUUGCUGAUUUAGUGAAUUUUUUGGAACUUUAUCUAAAAAGAGGUUGUUGCAUGAUGUGUCAUUUGUCAAAGCAAAGUUGUUCGGGUGUGCAUGUGCGCCUUGUGCAGAGCGUUUAAAAGCAUAGAAACUCGUUGACUUGAGAGAAAUGAAAAUCUUCAUACAUGUACAUUCAGAAACUAUUUUAUAUCUCGUUGCGCAUGCUUUCACUUCAUCAUGAACGGAAUCUUAAAAAAAGAAAACCUGCCUCCAGUCUUUG